AGUUUGGGGUAAUAAUUUAUUUUUGCAAUAUAUCUUGCGUCCAGGCACUUGUAUAUGCGACGCUAUCGCUCGCUGUAAAGUAUAAGACGAUUCUCGCCAAAGUGCGAGGCGGGGGAUGGACGGGGGUGGUCGAUAUUAACUCCGCGAAGCACCUUACCUCGCGGAGAACCGCGGUGGCUGAAGUUAGUCACAUGCCGGCCGCGGUCGAGUGUACUCGCUUAUUUGUACUGGAGCGUCUCUCCGCUGCUUCAUCUAAACAUCGAUGAGCGAUCAGGCGUCGUCGGAUUCGCGAUCGCGGGAGAUGAUGAGGGAUAAUCGGUGGUUCCUGAAGGACGAGACGUAGGGGGAUAUGUCCGGCUGCUUGUCGUCAUCUAUGACAGGCUCGACAGAUGCGGGGCCGCUGCAGCCCCAGGAAGAUCCCGUGCCGCCAUCGACUUACGACCUUAGACCCUUGUCCGAGGGCGAUGGCUCGUCGGCGAGGCGAGGCUGUCGUCAUCGUCAUCAGUUACGACGUCGGAUGACGUCCGCUCCGCCGUCCGGACAAACGAUACAGCUGACUCCACUCUGGGAACACGUAGUGCGAACGCGUAGGUUUCCAUCCGAGAUCGACACUCAGGCCACCUUCAUUGAGAUCUCCGAGAGACUUCGAGACCCGGAAUGGGAGGUGCGCCAGCACGCUCUGCGAGUGCUAAUGGACGUUCUACCGACGCUGAAUGCCGAUGUCGUUGACAAGGUCAUGCAACCGGUGGUGCCGGAGCUGAUCAAUAAUUUGGGGCAUCCAGCGCCGGCGGUACGCAAGGGCGCCUUGGACGCGCUGCGGGUCUACCUCAUUCACACCCCCAACAAAGACAGCGUGGUCAAAAACAUCCUUCACGACGGCUUGAAUCGACCGGACGCUCACAAUCCAUUUCAGACGAACGUGACAACGGGGGUGAUUCUGAGUGCUCCGCUGCUGCUUUUUCCAUCCUCCGACAGUCCUCCACCGACCACGCAGAUCCUGAAAGACGCCACGAUCGCCUUUGCCGCACGACUGGUCCAGGUACCGCACCAGGAGGCCGUUCUCAAAUCCCUCAUGAAGAUUCGCGAUGAGGUCGGCGACGAAGAAUUCGAGAGCUACCUGGCGGAUUACGACGACAAGCUGAAAAAGAACAUCGACGUUCUCUCCAAGAUUUACAACAUCAAGCCAACGACCAAGAAGAAGCGAGAGAGAAAUCGCGCGCGGGAUAUCGUCAAACCCGACACGAAGGAACGUACCUUGGACAAGAGCUGGGACAGCGACAGCGACACUUCCGGUAUUGCUGAAGAAGAGGAUGAAGGCGCGAUACCACCAGCGAGAGUUGUUCUGGAGACCGAGAUCAAGUUCAACGAAGAGACGGCCAUCACGAUGACGAUCCUGGAGGAAAAGGAGGAGGAUGAGAGCGGGAAUUCGGCCUCCUCGGAUAAACGGAAGACGCCGAGACGCGUCCGCUUCGGCGGCGAGAUCGUCAAGUUGAGGACACCCGACAGCGACGAGACGGAAUCGAUCGAGAUAACACCUAAGACGAGGAUCCCGCUUCCUGUAUCGCCAGCUACCAAGAUGCCGGAAACGACGAAUCGGAGACGACCAUCGUCGCAGCCCUGUAGUCCCUACGCGGGAGAGAAACGAAGAUCGAAGAGGGUUUCCAGGUCGGCAUCCAGCAGCCCCAAGAGAGAAUACACUCACAACGCGCAACUGAGUCCUAAGAAGAGUAUCCUCACACGAACGGACGGUCCUCUCAUCGUUAUCGAUUCUACGGAAGAAGCUAAGAGAAGUAAAAAAGAUAGGAAAAGCGGCGAAGCAGUUUUGGAGGAUAAAGCUUUUUCCAAGGUGAAUGAUAGUUCGAAAGAAGUUAACGAGACGUCGAGGAAGGAAGACGCUGCUUUAGCUCAAACAACUUUGUAUUCAGCGAAUAAAGAGGAUAAACUGAUCAAGGAUAAUGAAAAUAACGUGUCCAAGGCAGCUCAAGUUGCAACCCCGAAGAAUGCAUCAUUAAGGGGAGAACAAACGAUCCUUGAAGGAAAUCACGUGAUCGAUGAAAGCGUUUCCGAAACCGCCUCGCGACGAGAGAAGACUUCAUCGCCGACAAAGCUGUUGAAUCCAAGUCGUUCGAAGACGACUGAAGAAAAUAAGGACGACGAAAUGGAGAGAGGACGCUCGAAUGAAGACGUUCGGAAGGCAUCGAUCGAGCAGAGCAAUUUUACCCGCGAUUUUUCCAACAAUCUGCCAUUCGGGUCGCCGAUUAACGGCGAAUGCGAGGCGCGAAUAGAUCGCCUGGUUGGCGGCGAUUUCGUCGACGACGAACGGGAGGACGUGCGCAUUUUCGACGACGGCGAAGGACGAAGGGGACGAAGCGGUCAAUGCUCCGGCGACCGGAAGAGCGCGUCGGAGGGGAACGGAAGUGUCACUUGCAGCAGCAGCGAGGGCGAGGGAAAACCGCGAGAACCUAGCUGGGAGGAAUUAGUGGUCGGUCAAGAGGUGCUGGACGAUCUGCACAAUAAGGGCAAAUUCUAA